GUAAAUAUGGCUGCUGACAUGACUUUGAUGGACAUUUCCAAGAUCUUCUCCCUGCUGCAGCCCAAAGAGGAAGAUGAGGAUAAUGAACUGAGCCAAGCCUUGAACAACGCCGUGAGAGGCGAUAAUGUCCUUCUCCUCACUGAGCUUCUUUCUCAGGAGAGGUACAGGAGGUCAAUAAACACUCGGAGCGGGUGGGGGGUUCCUGUCACACCCUUACGGACUGCUGCUGCUUUGGGACACCUGAAGUGCUUGGAGCUCCUCCUGGAGCAUGGAGCAGAGAUAGACAGCCUGGACGUGAAGGCCCAGACGCCAUUGUUCACGGCCGUUAGUGGCAAACAUCUAGACUGCGUGCUGGCUCUGCUGAAGGCCGGAGCCAACCCAAAUGGUAGCCUGCACAACAACUGCUCACCGGUGUUGACGGCUGCCCGGGAAGGGGAUGUGGACAUUCUCCGGGAGCUGCUCCGCUUUGGAGCAGAGGUGGACGUUCGACCAAAAGUACCGCAAUGGGCAUCUAAUGCUACAGUGUGCAAAGGGCCUCUUUAUAUUGCAGCAGUGUACGGACAUUUGGACUGCUUCAAACUCCUCCUUCUCCAUGGAACUAACCCUAACUAUAACUGCACGGAUGAAAAGAUGCUGGCCCGAAUAAAGCAGCCAGAGACUGUGCUGGAGGUUUGUUUGCGUUACGGUUGUGGAGUGGAGUACAUCCAACUUCUCGUAGACUUCGGAGCAGACGUAUACCUGCCUACACUUAUUGUUGACAAGACUACAAAACAGAACAAAGCUUUGGCUCUGCUGCUCAAGGAAAGGGUUUGCCCCAAACCUCUGAUGUCACAGACUCGGCUGGCAAUCCGCAGAUACCUUCAUUUUGCCAACAAAGACCCAGCCAUUGACAGUUUGGACAUUCCUCUUGUUCUGAAGAAUUACCUGAAGCACAACAUCAAAGAGCUCAAGGGCUGCUCCAGUUAG